GUUGUGGUCUUGUAGAAGCAGCAGCGAGUUUCUUAUCAAAUAACAGUAAAAAAUUGUAUAUUCCCCUUAAGUUGAUAUUUCUAAAUCGGAAACAAUAUGUCUCCUGCCAUGGACGAUAUGUUAAUUACCAAACACACCAUACAUCCGGGCAAGGAAUAUAUACCGCUCAAACAAGGCACUCGUGUCAAAUUUAGCUUCCAGACACGCAAAGUUGAUGAUGGCACUCUUCUGGAUGACAGUCGUGAAAUGGGGCAGCCUAUGGAAUUGGUACUGGGAAAAAAAUUCAAGCUGGAAGUUUGGGAAGUUAUAGUGCAAAAAAUGGCACUCAAUGAAGUUGCCAAAUUUACAGUACACAAAUCGCUAGUCACACAAUACCCUUUUAUAUCGAAGACAUUGCGAGACGUGUCUAAAAAAGUCGAGGAAAGGCGCCAUUGCUGUGGUAUGACUUUACAAAACGAGGGUAUUGGCUACAAAGAUCUCGACGAGUUGCUUGCCAAUCCGAGUGAUUUAGAAUUCAUAAUCGAAUUGUUAUUUAUAGAGCAGCCUGAUGAAUAUGAAAAAGAACGUUGGCAAAUGAAUGAUGAAGAGAAGAUGAAUGCACAGGAAGACUUGCGCGAAAAAGGGAAUCGCUUAUACAAAGAAAAGAAGUACAAAGAAGCAGAAGAGUGUUAUCGAAAAGCUGUGGGCAUGAUUGAACAGCUGAUGACGAAAGAAAAACCGCACGAUGUAGAGUGGUUAGCAUUGGCCGCCAUUAAAGUGCCACUACUUUUAAAUUAUGCACAGUGUCGCUUACUAGAUAGCGACUAUUAUGCGGUUAUAGAGCAUUGUACUGAAGUGCUUGAUUUAGAUAAAAAUAAUGUAAAAGCACUCUACAGGCGUGCGAAAGCACAUGCAGGAGCCUGGAAUCCCGUAGAUGCACGAAAUGAUUUUCUCAAAGUUGCUGAAUUAGAUCCUGCGCUAAAAGCUGCGGUUAAUAAAGAGCUAUUAGCAAUCGAUGCGGAGCAACGCAAGCGUAAUGCUGAGGAUAAGCAGCGAUUGCAGAAGCUUUUUUAGAAAUGAGGAAUGUAAACAUACAUGUAUAUACAUAUAUAGUAUUGUUCGUAUAUGAAUGGUAAUUAUAUUAUUUGUUGUGAUUUGAUGUUGUGCACGGUACGCUGACGAGUGUCAUAUCUUUAGAUAUACCUUAAUUUUUGAAAGUCAACUAUAAUAUAUAAACCUAAAUAGGGAGUUAUUGGAAUAA